UUUUUCGAGGGCCAGAAGAGAAAACUGAGGGGUGAGUACCUAGAAGGGAAGUGGAGGCAGGAAGAGGAUGGGGUGUGGAGAAGGCCUUAAACUCUCCUCUAGAGGCAUAGUCUCUGCCUUGGCUAUGUCCACCUUCACACAGUAGGUCGGGGCUGUGAGGACGCAUGUUGAAUUUUUCCUAGUCCUUCAUUUGAGAAAUUACUUAAUGAGACUGUGCCUUAGAGAGAAAAUUAGCUGUGCUAGCCCCUUAAAUGUCUAAAAUCUAGUCUUUCCACCUGCUGACCAGGGAAUAACACCCGCCUUUCCUAUCACACAGGGUCAUCAAAAGAGCAAGUGAGUGACUGAUGCUGGAAUUCUAUAAACAAUGUAAAACACUUCAUGGGUAUAAAGUGACAUUGUUGUCAAGAUUAAUGCCAUCAUAAAAAGUCUCCUCAACCAAUACAGUACGGCCACCCUUUUCAGAUGUAGCCUCCAGUCAGACAGAUUAGACUGAAACACCAUGAACUUGCAUCACAUUUGAACCCUAGAUAGCUAUGGGACUAUAGUACAGAUUUUGUUCUAAUGUCUUCCGUAGGAACUUCCUGUCUGACCCAAUCCUGAAAGAGCAACCUAUCAGUGUGCAAGCCUUUUGUCUAAUAUCUGUGGUUUAAAACAGCAAAAAAAUGUCAACAUCUCUCAAAGAAGACUCAGAAACAUCAGGUGAUGAAGGAGGAGGAGACACAGAAAUGAAGCAGCAGGAGACGGCUCCGGUUCCUGCCCUGCCAAAGAAAACCAAACAGCCUAAGGAAUGUUUCUUGAUACAACCAAAGGAAACAAAAGAAGAAUCCACCAAGACCAGGAAGUGGAAAAAGAAGAAAAUUACUGACAUUCUUGCAAAAUCAGAGCCCAAACCAGGGACACCUGAAGACCUCCAGAAGCUGAUGAAGGACUAUUACAGCAGCAACCGUUCAGUGAUUGAAUUAGAAGAACUAAACCUACCAGACUCCUGUUUCCUCAAGGCCAACGAUUUGACUCAUAGUCUUUCAUCAUACCUAAAAGAAAUCUGCCCUAAGUGGGUAAAACUUCGGAAAAACCAUACUGAGAAGAAAUCGGUCCUGAUGCUGAUCCUCUGCAGCUCUGCCGUCCGAGCCCUGGAGCUCAUUAGGUCGAUGACAGCAUUCAAAGGAGACAGCAAAGUUAUGAAAUUAUUUGCAAAACACAUAAAGGUCCAGAAGCAGGUAAAGUUGCUGGAGAAGCGUGCCGUGCACCUGGGUGUAGGAACUCCAGGGAGGAUUAAAGAGCUUGUUAAACAAGGUGGCCUUGAUUUGAACCCCUUAAAGUUUCUGGUUUUUGACUGGAACUGGAGAGAUCAGAAGCUGAAACGGAUGAUGGACAUUCCCGAGAUAAGAAAGGAGGUGUUUGAACUUCUGGAAAUGGGAAUCUGCAGUCUGUGCCAGUCAGAAUCUUUGAAGCUGGGCCUUUUCUAAGCCUGGGGCCUAAUGAGAAUUCCAGUUUUCAUGGUGGGGUUUGCAUCUCAUUUAAUGGCUCUGGUACACUGCAAGCACUCAGUAAAUAGCAGCAAUCGUUGGAUUAUGUUAGCUGCAUCACCAGGUGGAUCACUGGGAAUGCUGGAUGGGGGUUCUUUGACCAAAAUGAAUCUGUCCUUUGCCAACUUCCUGUGUAAUAAAGUAUCACCAGCUCGUUUUUCUUUCACC